AUGAGCGGAGAUUCGAUAGGAAUGAUGGAAGGCGCCUUCUUUGUAGGAAGAGGCGAGCUUUUACAGUGGGCCAAUGAAUUGUUAGACUUAGGCCUUACCAAGAUUGAGCAGUGAGCUACAGGAUCAGUCUAUUGUCAAAUCAUCGAUUCUAUCUAUCCAGGUACUUUUCCGAUUGGAAAGGUAAACUGGGGAGCUAAGCAUGAGUAUGAGUUUGUUAACAAUUAUAAAAUUCUUCAGAAAGCAUUUGAUAAGAACGGUAUCACUAGGCAUAUUGAAGUAACCAAGCUAGUAAAGGCUAAAUACCAAGAUAAUUUAGAAUUUAUGCAAUGGCUUAAGAGGUAUUUCGAUUUGAACUAUAACGGAGAACCUUACGAUGCUAUCUCCAGAAGAAAAGGACAAGAUCUCUUCUACAUCGGAUCUGGCAAUAAGCCAGUUAAGAAGGCUGGAGGCAUGGGUGCUGCUCCCCCAAGGAAAAAGUUUAAUCCACCAACUUCUUCUGGACCGACUACCAAGAAAUUUUCUAAGCCCACAGGAGCUGCGAUUGGAGGAGGAGCAGGAUCUGCUGCUCAAAAGAAGAAGAUCACUGAACUGGAGGGAGAAGUUGCUGAAUUAAAGCUUACUUCAGAUACUUUAGAGAAAGAGAGAGACUUCUACUUUGGAAAACUUAGAGAUAUAGAAGUUCUCCUCCAAGCACAUCAAGAUCAAGAAGUCCCAGCCGUAGAUAUGGUCUUAAAGAUUCUCUAUGCCACUGAAGACGAGAAGGUAGAAGUAGACGAGAGUGGAAACCUUAACAUUGUCAAUACUGCUGAAGGAGCGGAAGAAGUAGCAGCUGAAGAAGAAGCAGAAGAAGCUCAAGAAGGAUUUGCUGAGGAGCAUAUGGAAGGUGAAGGUUAUGCUGAAGAAGAACAACUAGUAGAAUAA